AUGAAGACUCUACUUACUCUCAACAUCCUACUUCCACUACUUGCUGCCGCCACUCCAGUCGACUAUGCUGGUGUAACAGGUGAUGGUGAUGGCGUGGUGACGGUGACCGGGCCGGCGAGUGGGUUUCAUACAGUUAUACCGGGCAGUUCUCUGAAUGUGAAUGAGGGAGGGGAGAAGAAGAAGAAGAAGGGUGGAAAGGAUGUGGAUGUGCAUUUGGUUGUGCAUGUUGAUGAGGACGAGGAGAUUCACGUGGAUGUGCAGGUGGAUGAGGAUAAGGAUGUGCAUGUGGACGUGGAGGUUGAGGACAAGGACGAGAAGCCCAAGGAGAAGCCAAAAGAGAAGCCCAAGGACAAGCCUAAAGAGAAGCCAAAGGACAAGCCACAAGACAAGCCAAAAGACAAACCCAUCGAAAAGCCCAAAGAGGAAGAACAAGAACAAGAAGCGCAGGCCUGCAAAUGCGGCGUGGCCGGCACGCCCAACCACAACGGCAACGAGCUCGAGCUCAAGGCGUGGCAGCCGAUCGGCAGCAAGAAAGACUGGAGCCUGGCGCAGUGCGGACACGCAUGCAUCGCCAAGGAGCAGGCGAACAAAGGGUCGCCAAAGUGCCAGGGCUACGGGGUGACGGGCAUCAACGGCGGCUCGCCGGAGCUGCGGCUGUGUUUCAUCUGGGAGCACGCGAGUUUCAACGAGAUCUUCACGCCGGAUCAGGAGGGCCCGGUGAUGUUUGCGCAGCGGUGCUGUGCGCGCGAAGACAAGUCGACGAACUGGCUGUCGACGAACGAGGGCGAGCCGAAGGUUGUGUGCAGUAUGGGCACGCCGUGUCCGCCGGGACAUCCGCCGGGACAGGACUAG